AUACCAUAACGAGCUUGGCAGAAACGGUUUGGACAUAGGGAGCAUUGGAUUGAUUUUCGUGGAUAUUUUAGUAAAUAUUGAUAACAAAUCGUGUGGAAAGUGAUAGAGAUGGGGAGGAAUCGAUUUUAUCGAAAAAUUCGAUAAAAUUAUGUUUAUUCAGAAUAAACAUGGGAACGAUUUUAAUUGAAGAAAAGUUAAAGGAAAAUUAAAGGAAAUAUAUUGAUGAAAAAAUUUGAAAUUAACGAAACAGAUAAACAAAGCAAUUAGAUCCAUGUGAAAAUCGAUUUGAUAUUAAUUUAAAGUGAAUUAUUGUUGUUUUGAUCAGAAACCGUCAGAUCUUGACACCAUUUUUCAAGCAUUCACACCAAGCAGCAAAUAUUUGCUAUUUUUCUGUAAAGGCACAUUUUUUGCCCGAAAAAUCCAAUUUUAACAAAAAUUACUCCGAGUGUUACUUGCAGUGACUUCGAGCAUUUUCGACAAAACAUUAAUCUGAUUCAAAAUACCGACGAAAAACAUUAAUUCAAAUGUGAAAAAAUCGCAGAAAAUCGAACUUUUUAUUUCAAAAGUGAAAAAAGUUCUUUCCAACCAUAAAUGUCUUUGAAAAAAUUGUUCAAAGCCAGAAUUUCGUCGAAAAGGUAAAAAAACGACAACAAAAAGAUUCUUCAAAAAAUCGAAAAGAAAAUUAAGUAUAUGUAACAGAAAAGAAUAAGGUCCAAUUCAUCUACGUAUCAAAUGGAAAUUUCCAUCAAUCGAUCGAAUCAAAAAAAUCUGUGAAAGUCUCUAAUCUUUUUAAAGCCAUAUAAUUGAAAAAAUUCUUGUGGAAAAAAAAAUUAAUUGAUUUGAAGAAGAAAAGCAAUUAAUUGAUAAAAAGUUAAAUUAAAAUAAAACGGAACCAUGAUUGUGUUAACAUUGUUCAUAGUGUUUGUAGUGACAGGGUUGUUAAAAUAUUUUCUGCAUAUGCGUCACAUGGAGAGUUAUGUAAAACAUUUGCCAAUAAUGCGUCCGGUGUAUCCGUUCCUCGGAAAUGCUCACUUUUUCAUCGGCAAAUCAACGGCCGAAUUAUUUACGGGCAUCGUGAAUUUUGUGAAAGAAAAUGAAACGCCGGCCAAGGCGUACAUUGGACCAGUAUUAAACGUCACGCUUGAUAAGCCUGAAGACAUUAGAACGGUGUUGAUGUCUUCAUCAUGCUUGGAUAAACCCUACAUGUACCGAUUCCUUCCCUCAACCGUUGGCAUACUCACAACGGAAUCUGGUGCCUUUUGGAAGCCAAUCCGUAAGCUGUUGAAUCCAACGUUUAAUUUGAAAAUUUUGCAAUCGUUUGUUCCAAUUUUCAACGAUAAAACAAAUAUUAUGCUCAAGAAUUUGGAUAAGGAAGCCGGAAAUCCAAGCUUCGAUCUAUCAAAAUACAUGCAUGCCUGUACACUCGACAUGGUCUGUGCUACAACAAUGGGCUUUAAUGUCGACGUUCAACGUGACAAGAAUCAGGAGUUUCUUAAGAGCAUUGAAGCAAUGUGCGAAGUGGUCGGCAAGCGAUUCCUUAUGUUCUGGGCACACUCCGACCUUAUUUAUCGAUGGACGGGCCUUUACAAGGUUCAACAAAAACAUUGCGAUAACAUCAACAUUUUAACAAGCCGGGUGA